AGUCCACACAAAGAGUAGGAGCCCGCGGAAAGGACCCUGCAUGGGAUGGAAAGGACUACACUGCUAAAAAUUACCAGAGUGAAAGUGUAAAAGUGCUAGCACUUCAGACAAAAAAGAUGAUGACUGUUAAAAGGAAUUCGUACAGCACGCCUCGCGGAGGAGGCGAGGCGAGGUUAGACAAAGCCGAGAAAAAUCGGUUACUCACCGAUCGGGCUGCUUAUCUCAACUUCCUGGAGGUCCAGCUCGAAAGGGUCAGCAGCAGCUGCUUGACGGUAGUUAAACUUGGGUAUUAGCAGAAUGAUCUCGUCGUCAGAAAAGGAUAACAUUCUAGUAAGCAGAACAAUCCGACGUUUUUUUCUUGAUAAAAAUUUGAGUUGCAGUAUUGAGAACCGUAAUUUCGCAUAUGAUUCGGGACUCGGUCAGUGGAGUAGAUUUUAAACAUUUUCAGAUCGACUAGCUAGAGCUUUUUUGACCCUACCUACUCAGAAAUCAAACGCCCAGGUCCAAGGAUUUUCAGAAAGGAUAGAGCAAGUGCAGACGCAGGUCAACGGUAUGGAAGAAAAGGUCCUCAACUGCGGACGCCUUAUAAAGUUGAUGCAGCAGUAUAAUGAGGAGGUACAGUUGUAGUUUCAGAAUAGGUAGGUACAACUUCUUCAGGUACAGUUGUAGUUCCCGAAUAGGUAGGUACAACUUCUUCAGGUACAGUUGUAGUUCCAGAAUAGGUAGGUACAACUUCUUCUCCUGUAGUUUCUGAGUACUAAAAAUUUACUUCAUAUUCGCCUAAGCAACUUCCUAACUAACACUAAGUAGACUAAGUACUUCAUAUGCGUUCGGAUUCCGCUUCUUUUCAAUAGGACCAUUUCCGAUUUUCUCGUCCUCCACAUGAUAGACAGACGAUGAACUGCUUUGAAAUAUUGGUUAGCUUAGUAUGGCGGAUUUCAUCUUCAAGCUUAUGGCGGUAUUGUAUGUGUGCAACAGAAGUAACAGUACCUCUCCAGGAUGAUCAUGUUUUAGAACGCCAGGUAAACCGAGUAGCGGAAAACAUUAAAGUGCGAGUAAACGAGAUGAAUGAGGACAUCGAGGUACGGACGAACGAGAAGCUGGAACAAUUGCUGCAGAAAGUAGAGUUAUGUCUAGGGUUCCAACAAACAGGAUCGCGCACUUGCUGCGUUAACAUCAAAGUGAAGCGUUCUUAUAGGAGACGAUGAAUAAUUCUGCUCUUUAAGUAGAAGCCGCCAUUGAAGAUAGCGUAAGGACUAUAUAUAUUCGAAAACUCAAAAUAACCGAGUUACUGACUGAAAUAAGGGAGGUAGCUUAACGUCAAGGCUACUCUUCCUCCUCGUCAGUAUCUCGGUUAUUCUGAUCAGUUACUUGCUUAUUUCAGUUUUUCGAUUAUUAUGAUUCUACUGAUUACCCAAAGCAUAAACUCUAAUCACAAGCUCACUGUCUUCGCAACUAGGAGAGCAUGGUUCGCUUUUAGCUGAACAGAGGCAAGAUCACGAUGAACAUCUAGGGGCUCUACGAGAAGACGUGGAGAAAUACCGAAAUUUAGUGGAGAUGGUAGACGCGGAGAAUAAAGGGCUGCAGAAGCAAGCAGGGGAGCAAUACGACAUGAUCAAGGCAAGCGAGAAGGUACUUAGUCAUCGAUGCGAUCACUCGGAUUGAGACAAGCGAUUGAGAAAUUAUUAUAAGUAGUGACGCAAUAAAGGCAAAACCACGACCUCAUGCGUGGAUCAGGCGUCGUUUCUUGCAAGGACCCUCUUAAGGACAUCUUCCUCUCCUCAGCUCUGCAACCGGUUAGCGGAUGAUGCAGUAGGUCUUAUUGAGUCGAAUGACAGAAGGUCUACGGAUUUUUUGGAUCAGCUAAAAUCACGCCUAGAUGCACAAUUGCAAGACGUGCACGAUAGAAUAAGCAGACAACGUGAGGAAGCCACGCAGCAUGUGAUGGAGAUGGUAUGCUCUUCAUUUGCCUGUCUUUGCAUCAAAAACCUCUACCUACUCUUACUUGUGAUUAUGAAGCCCUACUUGCUUGCCAGACCCUACUUGCUUGCCAGACCCCACUUGCUUAUGAAACCGGACCAAGGUCGAAAAGCGUCUGAAUGUGCAUUUUGCUGAGCAGCUUGGCAAAAUGAGUGACGUGCUGAAGAAAGUAGUGACGAAUCAGAGGACUCUACAACAGAAAGUCUCAGCGAUGGAGAGCCACAUGGAAAUGAUAUCUUUCCAAGUGGAUAAGAAUUAUGAUUGCACCAGCUAGUUUAAGAUCAUUUUCAGAUUCUGUAACCCCGCAAGAAUCCAUAUUGAACACCGUGGUGUCCCUUUCGAGAUGAAUUUGGUAUUCAUGUACGUGUACUGAAAAUUCGUAGCCGAUUAUUCACAGAGCACCUCUAACACAAGCCGAGAAGCCUGACCUCGCGCGCAACUUCAGUCUCGCCAAAACGGCGCGGAUCGAGCCCUCUUUAUGUGCAGUAGUCAUUUGAAUCCUCGAAAUAUCUGAGCAGGAAGGGGUAAAGAGUUUGAUUGUGAUACUAGAUAUCGGGAAAACCAUGCGCUAGCGCCUCACGUUUGCGUUGGCUGUUGCCCCUUUUGUUCCGCCUCGCUGUCCACAAGGCUUUGUUCUCCCUCGCCUUCCUCUCCCUCCACCUCUUUGCGUCCAACUCCCUCCCUCUCCCUCCACCUCGUUGCCUCCAACUCCCUUCCUUUCCCUCCACCUCUUUGCCUCUCACGUACUCACAAACUAAUCUCCGUCCUCGUCGCACACUGAUCCUUAUUUUUUACCAGAAUCUCAAUACGUAUACGACACGCCCCCACUUCUUCUCCUGCAUCACGAAAAAAUUGAAAAGAGAAAGAACAUUCUUAGACUAUGACUUCUUUCAUACAAAGAGCACAACGAACCGUCCGAUGCGGUCACCUCCCAAUCGGUCGCCUACAUUUGGGAGUGCCACUGACCAGCUAAUAUCACCAACUGACGUAGACGCAGCCUUCCGAUCCUUGACAAUAACACCACCAGUUCAACAACAGCUCUUCGGGUCAAGCGGGGAUUCACGAGGAGGAGUGGCUUUUAUGUUCCAUUAGAUUUUGGAUUUUGUAACUUUGAGUUGGUUUUUGUAGUGGAAGAGUAUAACAGAAGGAAACGCGAGUAGCAACGACAACAACAUACUCUCAACAACGAGUAGCACCACGGUAGAAACAGCGGAUCGCCCUCACACACAGCCUCAACAUCAGAGAAAUCCGUAACACUCAGAAGAGACUCAGCGAAGUCGUAGGUCCAACCAGAACCGACUAACAUCAUCAAGCAUGAUUCACAUAGUCAGUUUGCAGCUAUAAAAAUCCAGCGAGUAGUAUGACAGCAACAGGGAACACACUCGUCCCCAGCACCGAGAUGCCGGGUCUCAGUAAGGGCGCUCCCAGUGGAAGUCCUAAUUUAUGGAAUGGAACAUUUCAUGUACGCAUUUCUAUUUCGCUUUGUUUUAUUGUAGCAGCAAUAGCUUCCAAUCUAGAUGUAGAAUUACAGCUCGGAUCUAUCGUGUCUAUUUUCCCAUCGCUUACAAACAGUCAGAACGUAAUUCAUUAGACGCGUACGACGUAUCACCAUCAACAACAUUCAUACCAUAGCUUUUCGCCGAUGAUUGGGGGAUCCGGAACUCCAGCAAAAAAUAGCCCACUCCUUGGUCCUCGGCAACAUCCUGAAAUAUUAAGGCAAGUCGAGAAGCGCAAUAUUGACAUUUUAUAAGGACGAGGUUUAUUAGCAUAUGCCCAUUCUAGAUUUUCCUAUUCUAGAUUCGCCUAUUCUAGAAAUGGAAAUUCAAGUUAUGGAAUUUUUUUGUUCCUACGUUACUACUCUAGAACGAAGUAGUCUUAUCCUUAACUAGAAAUAGUCGCACCCACAACAGCCCUCUACAUUCUUAUGCUAGUCCCUCUUCUACAACUAUCCUCUUCAAGUCGCACAAGAACAGCCUCAUUCUUUUUAUCCCUCUUCUAAAACUAUCCUCUUCAUCAAGUCGUGGAGGACCAGCUGCUGUGCCGCGUCUAGUACAAUCAAAAGACGAUAUCUUGAAUUUUGAUGCGGCUUUUUCCAUUCCUGGGGUCGGAACCUUUGGACCAGCGACAACACAACAGAGGCUGCGAUCGCGUGCGGGAUCUGCGAAUUCAGACUAAGGCUUGAUAUACUGUAUCGUUCAUUUUCUUGAGAGUGUUUGAGUUUGAGCCCCUUUGUUUAUUAAGGGGAAAACUACAGUAGUACAUGUCAAAGAAGAUGCUCGCUUCUCAAGAAAGAUGAAGAUCGGGAGUCUCCAAUCAGAUCGCUACUCAGAUCGACCACCUAAGAGAAGAGGACCAACGAUCGGACCCGCCAGUCGAGGCAACAAAGGCCCUGCUUCGACGGCUUCAAGUGUACAGGUUAUGUGACUCGAUCAAUGACGAGGUGUAGUUGACACUGUAAGUAUUUAUAGUUUUGUUUUUGAUGGUGAACCUGUGUAGUCUCGAUGUUGAAUUUUUUGCGUGACAGUGCGUACGACCACUACGUCAUGAUCACACCAACAUUAUUGUUACUGUUGUUGUUGUUGAAAAAGUUAGAGUUUGAACAACCCAUCGCUUUGAAGAUUCAUUUGUUUUUGUAUUUUGCUUACACAAGAUACAUGGACUCGUCCGAAGGCUAUGACGCUUCUCUAACUUCUCAAGCAGUGGCACUGGCAAAUUGCAGAACCGGAUAAGCAGGCGCCAAGCGAUGGAGGAUUUGUAUAGGGAGUUGCGGAGGCUGCAGAACGAAGAGUUGCUUGAUGGCUCAUGAGGUUUGGUUUGAUUGUGGAGGUUUUCAUCGUGGUCUCUUGAUAUAUCAACACAGUUUUAGGAUUAGGAUUCCUUGCGCCACUUUGGAAUUUAAAGCGUAGGUACGCAUCAUGAUCGUUGAAAUUAACGGAGUUGCCCAUCCAUUUUAGCCUUUUUUUUGCUGAGAACGAGCUUCUUUGUAUCUAACUAUCCUAAUACAUCGUGUGUUUCAACACUCUUUCAAUUGAUUAUGCUGACCGAACUUGCUGUACUUGCUUCCGUUACGAGUUCGAACUUCUGCUGAAGACUUAACGCUUCGUCCGUAUCUUCAAUCUUGUUUGCUAUUGUGGAAAUUGAAAAAUCGUUAUAUUCCAACGCUUUCCACACGGGCUAUGAGUCAUGAUUAAGCGAAUCCGAAUGUUCACAUCAAAGCGAAAGCUUCUACUUCGGC